ACUUGAACGCAGCAGCGCUGCUCGCUGUCUGCCUCUCCGUCAUAUCGCGAUAGAGACGGUUGGUCCACGGAGCUAACGUCGAGCAACAUGGCGGAAGGUAUGAGAUUGGUUUUUUGACUAUUUGGAACACUCCCUGUUACUCUCGUAUGCUCGUUCAGCCGUCGUACUGAAUCAACUAGUGUCUCGGCAGUUUGUUAAACAUUACAUUGUGUGUGGUUUCACGUAUGAAGCACUUGGGCUCUUGUAAUGUCAAACUCAGCCUGCCAGUGAAGCUCUGGCGUUAACGUUAGCUCUCGUUGAUGUUGCUAGCUGAAUUUUGAAGCUGGGAGUUUUUGUCAGAGCAGAUUUCGGGUUUAUUUAUUUAGACACAAACCUGACCUGGAAAUAUUUAGCUCUUCUGUUUAAACGUAAAUCUGAACGUCAAUAGUCAGGAUUGCGUCAAACUGCAUACAUAAUCCAGCUGAGGUUUAAUUUCCAUGCCCGUGAACGCUCCCACACUGCUACUGCUUGGUUUAUAAUGACACACAGUUACAGCACUCUUAAACGUUAGUUAUCUCUAAUGGAGGGUAAUUACAGGGACACUAGGCUUCACAGGUGUCCAUCACUGUAAGACAUCACCUGGCAGAGGUGCCAUGGCUUAGGGCACCACCUAUAUUUGGCUAAGACAUGGGCCAAAUAUAUGCUGUGUGUUUCUCCUUAAAGAAAAUCUACUUACCAUCUCCAACCAAGAGACCAGAUACAACAACCUGUGGUGGUUUGAAUGAGGAGCUGCUCAAUUGAUACUGAGUGAAAUACACGUGUUCUUGGACUUGUUGAGCGUCUGUCCAAGCUCUUACCUGAGUGCAUUAGAUAGUGGGGAUAGUGCGUGUUGCAGUUAUUUUCAAACCUGUGUUGGCUGAUAAGGUUUACAACAACUCGCACCUUAUUCUCCACUGUAAAGAACACCAAGUGUCUACUGUGCUAAAAUAGACCUGUUACUCUUAUUGUGGUUGUGUAUUUGCUCUAGAAAUGAACAUUACAUGAAAAACAACAUUUACAAAUGAAAAACAUGUCAUUUUUCUUUUCAAUAAUGUUCACUGCUAUCCGCUGCUGACGCCUCCAAAUAUUACCACACAGCUUACAUGUUGAAGCUUGUUGUUCGCUUCUGCAAGAACAAUCUAUGUGUCACCUUAUUGGUCAUACAUACUGGCAGAAAACCUUUUGUCUGCUAGUAUAGAUACCAUUUUGAGCUACUAUCUUCCCAUACUGACAUUAUGCUGAUGAUAAUGUGCAUCUCUGAAAUAUAAGCUUUAAAAUCACAGUAGAAGUAUAUUUUAAUGAUUUGUGUACAAAAGACAGUGCUAGUCUCAUUGAAAAGUCUUUGAUUGCAGUGUAAAGAUUGGAUCAGUAGUAUAGAUGAUGUAUAUGCAGCUGCGGUUGUGCAAACUUCCCAAAGCUACAGCAAAAUAAUUGAUUUGCAAAUAAGUAAUUCCAGCUUAACCUUGCCAAAUGUAGGUGGAUUUGAUCAUAUUCUGAGAAUUUCUUCACUUUCUGGUUGGUCAGUCAUGAGCUGCAGCUCUAUGAUGCCGCCCUUCCUGUGUUCAGCUAGUCAGGUGGUUUUCAGAAACACCCCCAUCUGUUCCUCAUGACCAGUAGCUUUGCCAAUAAGGGUUUACAAGGGAGGACAAAGUAACGUGCAGCAUCAGCAUUCUUUCCCCACUAAAACUUUACUGGUUUAAAGGAAGGAAAUGGGCCUCAGUGAAACUCAGAGAGUUCAGUUAAGAGUGGCCUAAGAGGAAGAGAGAAAGCCUUGACUAAACAAAAAUGAGAUCCAGAAAUGUGUGUCUUGUGUGCCCAUGAUAGGGGAUGACAGAAAUCAUUUUAGUGCAACUUAUUUGAUACAAAAAAUAAACCAGGUUUUAAAAAGCUACAAGAACCUGUGUGACAUUAGUCAGUAAUGUUUUAUGGUUGCAAAUCAACGUAACCUUCUGUGGUGAUGUUACGAGCGAUAUCCUACAGUCAGAGAUAUAAUUCUAAAGAACAUAUUUUUGAUGGUAAAUCCUGCAAAAUAAAAACCCAAAUUCCUGUUACUUUAAUGCACUCAUUUACUUUGAGGUGCAUUCUAACUGUGCUGAACUUGUCUUUCUAACUUCUCCUCCAUCCCUUCAUCUUGUUUUGUCCUCUGCCUGUCUCCUGUACCUUGAUGGGGUCAGAGGAGGUGGCCAAGCUGCAGAAGCACCUGGCCCUGCUCAGGCAGGAAUAUGUGAAGAUGCAGCAGAAGCUGGCCGACACAGAGCGGCGCUGCGCUGUGCUCGCCGCUCAGACCUCUAGCCAGGGCUCCUCCAGCCCUGCAGCUGCAGACACCUUCAUCAGCCGUCUGCUCGACAUCGUGGCCGACCUCUACCAGCAGGAACAGUACAGGUGAGGAUCACGGUUAAAACUGAAUUAUUUCUUUUACUGCAGCAGUCUUACAAAUGUUACUAUAAACCUGAGGGUCUUGUGAAACAUUGUACAAUAUUUCCAGUGUGUGUUAGUACAUUUUGAGGGCUGUUGAAUGUUCAAGAGUAUUUGUCCCUUUUUGUGUGUCUCAGACAUGUAUGUGUUAAUUUUGCAGUGAUCUCAAAGUGAAAGUUGCAGACAAGAAGCUCAAUGCCCAUAAGUUUGUGUUGGCUGCUCGCAGUGAUGUCUGGAGCCUGGCCAACAUGGCCUCCACCUCAGAACUGGACCUAUCUGGUGAGCAGCGCAAAGUGACUUUUCUACAUUCUGCAGCAGUAGUUUAUAUGAUGACUCAAAAUCCAGUUUUUACUGAAGUCCUUUUCAGACACGCACAAAGAUCUGAAAACCAUUAUACACAUUAUACAUUAUAUAUACAUCAUUAUAUACCACCCCAUUGUCAAAGUAACUGAAGCACACUUUGAUAUUCUGUUACCUUAUCUGUCAUGGAGAUCCAGAGUGACAUUUAGCUAUAGCUUCAAGUGGAGAUGAGACUGGCUGCUGAUACUGUGCACACCUUCACUUAUUUGUAAGAUUGAGGAGUUGAGAAGAAAAAAAAGAGAUAAUGGAUAUAAAGUGUAAAAACAUGUGGAAGAGUGUAAUUUGAGGAUAAAGAAUUCUAAAUCUUGGAUAAGACUGUAAAAGAUUACACCAUGGCUGUUGCUCUGUCAGUUUGACGUCCAUGUCAGGCCUCUGAAAUCCCAGCCUCUCCUCACAUAUCCUGCCCCCUCAGUUGAGAAGGAAGACCUCAUUCUGUUAAGGUACAUGAGCGGUCAAGUUAGGUAAACUUCGGGUAAAGAACUCCAAAUAUGUUCUGAAAUGCGUGUCUGAGAUCAGCUUUACUCAUCCCUUGGUUGGUCAACCUACUUAUGGGUUAAUAGAUGAUGACUGGAUAUUUAUUCUGGAGGAGAUUAUUUGGACUGCCAAAGUCCAGUAUUGGACAGCUCUGGGUAGGUUUGUGGCUGCAGGCUUGUUUUACCCUGAAGUUAAUCUAUAAGGUUUGAAUCCAUGUAAAAAUAGGCAAAUUAAGAGUAGAGUAAAACGUUUCAAAUUGUGUGUUUUUAAAUUGAUAAUAUAUAAUAUAUUUUGUCUGUUCUGUUGGUUUCAAAGGAUUGGCAUUUGCAAAGAUUAAUGUGUAAACAGGCAGCAUAAACCUUUUACUCAUCAAUCGCUCCAAUUGAAAAAAUGGCACCCUGUCUAAAUUUGAUGAUGGAUUUCCAGACUGCAAACCUGAGGUUGCCAUGGCGAUGUUGCGGUGGGCAUACACUGAUGAGUUGGAGCUCAGCGAGGAUGAUGCCUUUCUUAUAGACCUGAUGAAACUGGCCAACCGCUUUCAGCUCCAGCUGCUCAGAGAGAGGUCAGCACAGUCAAGCCACUUAUACUGUACAGAAUGCUGCUUUGUUGUGCAUAACUAAACUUGAAUUGAAAGUGGCAGUGUUGAUGUUGCACAAUAUUUAAUCAAGCAAAAUGUGUGGACUAAGGCCUCACAAACACAUUAAUUUCUCCACCGGGACAGGUGCGAAAAAGGUGUGAUGUCCUCGGUGAAUGUUAGGAACUGUAUUCGCUUUUACCAAACGGCUGAGGAGCUGAGCGCCACCACGCUGAUGAACUACUGUGGGGAGAUCAUUGCCAGCCACUGGGUGAGUUCAUUCAGUCAGAGGCUGUGUUCCUGCCUGCCCAGUAAUGUCAUGGCCUUUGUGUGAACAUGCAUGAUCAUAUAUUUGUCAGAAUUUAUUCAGUUCUUUCAUUGAUUCAUUCAUCAUUUAUGGAAUCUACAAAAAUAUGUAGACUCUGCACAUGCUGUCUGGAUUUCAGCAUGGGAAGUGUUCUAGGUUUAUGGCAUCUUUGUAACGUCAGUAUUGAUCAUGUAUCAGCAGGCAUCGGUGAGUGCAGCAUUAACAGUCUGUAUGGAGAGCAAAAGCAGGUGGAACACAAUUCAAAAAAAGUAAUCUCUAAAUGUAUUUAUUAUUGUUGUAGACAGAUAACUGCAUGUCAGUGCAGUGACAGAUCCACCCCAGAUUAAACACUUUAACGUGAGCCACAAAUCAGCCUGAUUCUGUAUCACAAAAAAACAGUUCACAUUUUGCUGAUGUACCAUUAUAAAUCUAAAAUUAUUGAUCUAACUUCUAUUGAACAGACAUUUUUGAAGUGUUAUUCUUCUAUGAAAACAGCUAACAUUUUUAUUUUUUUUACAAAUCUGAAUUGUGAUAUUAUUUUAUUAACUAAAAAACCCAUUGAUUGCAAGUAAAGUGGAUCUGUUGUUUGGGUUCUAUAGAGCUGAAGCUGGCCUGAUUGAAGCCCCUGCUAAAUUUUCUAUGUGCUGUGUAACUGAGACUCACCAACAGAUGAAUCAGCACUUCACUGGGAGAUGUAAUAAACCAAGAAUUUACAGCGUUUACAUCACCGACAUAAAGGCCGUCCAGUCUGUAAAACACAAACCAACAACAUCACAAGAUCUACUGAGAAUUGAAAAUCAUGUCUUUGAGGCAUAUCACCUAUCAGCAGCAGCUAAUGAUAGAUGACAAGGGCCACUGGAUUCCAAAAUCGUACAUCACCAAACCUCAUUAGCUCGCCAUGAGCUACCAAAGUCUGCCUUUUUAUUCUAGAAGUGCCACCUCUGAAUCCUCCAUCCACCUUGAAUAUGUUUUGUGUAUUUCUGGGUCGAUUACCCAGAGUUCUCUCUUCUCUCAAAGAUCAGGGUUGUUGUGUUUCUCAUGUGUUUCAUCUCCUGCUUUAUGAUACAAUAAUUCCAGCUGUCAAGGUUGUUUUUAUGAGUCUCUGUAGAAAAUGGCUGUUUACUGUCACCAGCCCUGACACCUCAGUCCAAUUUUUUUCUGCUUUUAUUUGCUCUAUUCUGAUAAGUGCUUUCGAAAAUCACCUCCCGAAGAGCCUGUUGACAUGAGUUUUCUUUCUUUAGAAAAUGGUCAACACUCAUUCACCUCUUUCAUGGUUAGUUAUUUCUGAGAAUUUACACUGAUGUUUUGCUGUGCUCCUUGUCUGUCAUUUAUCAGGAUGAUCUGAGGAAAGAAGACUUCAGCACCAUGAGUGCCCAACUUCUGUACAAAAUGAUCAAAUCUAAAACAGAGUAUCCCCUUCACAAAGCCAUCAAAGUUGAGAGGGAAGAUGUGGUCUUUCUUUAUCUCAUUGAGAUGGACUCACAGGUAUGCUCCUCAGACGCUUCACUGCUCACAAACCAGUGUGUUUUUUUCUUGUUUGUGUGAUAUAAGCAGCAUUUCUCCCAUUAUGCUUUAAUCAGGUUUUAUAUUUGCUCCUGGAUGUUGUUAUCUCUCAUUUGCAGUUACCCGGAAAGCUAAAUGAACUGGACAAUAACGGUGACCUGGCUCUCGACCUGGCUCUCUCUCGUAAACUGGAAAGCAUCGCCACCACUCUUGUUAACAACAAAGCAGACGUGGACAUGGUGGACCAGAGUGGCUGGAGCCUCCUGCACAAGGCCAUCCAAAGAGGUGGGAGACAUUAUUGCUGCACUUACAUUUCACCUAAUUCAUUCCCUAGUCCUUUAAAUGAAAUCUAUACCUGUGUAUGUGUCCAUACAAACCACACGUUUCACUGGUUGAUACCUGUUACCAUAGUGAUGGCUGGUGUGCAGAUCACACCACCCUCAUCCAAUUUUUUCAAAUACUUUCUAAUGUGCUCAGACAAAACUGUCCCAGACUAGUUUCUCAUAAGCUCUGCAGAUUUUCAACAUGAUCUCUUGCCAGUUAUUUUGUUUGGCUUGCUGGUCCCUGUGCAUCCAUUGUUGUCACUGCCACUGUGUUGACUGUCACCGAUCUCUUUUGUCUUUACUAUCUACGCCUGUGUUGCGAACCAUCACUGGGGAUCUGCAGCAGCCAUCAUGCUUUGCUUGACACAUAGUUAACACUAAGAAAAUCUCCAGCCUCACACUUGAACUUAGUGCUGGGCGAUUGGACGAUAUAUAUCGUUGGCACGAUAGAAAAUGUCUAUCGUGCCAUUUUUAUUCUUAUCGUUUCGGGCGAUAGGUUGUAUUUAAUCCAUAGAGCUUGUGCCAUCAGAUGAUUCAUAGUAACAACAACAAUAAUUGCACAUUCAGUAAGUGUAUUUGGUGUCGAACGGGAAAGAAAACAAUAUUUUCUUACAAAGAAAAGGAUGCGUUGACAUGUAGGCUUGCAUUUCUCUUUCGAUUUUGCGACAUGACGCUGCUUUACGUGCCCUCUUUAUGUCCAGCGCCUCCCGCCGUUGCGGGUUACCUGGGUUACACACGUGAGGGGAUCAUUGUAAGCAGUGCUUAAUUUGUGCCGGAGCAAGUCGGAGCGCGAUCCGGGACCUCUUUUGAUCGGAUCUGGGACCUAUUUCAGCCGCUCCGGCACCUGUUUCAUCUGCUCCGGGACCUUCCCUGUGGAGGAUGACUUUUUUCGGGAAUUCCCGUGGGUCACGUGAUUCCCGCGGGAUGGGAGUCAUUUUUUUAUUAAUCUCUUGAUCGGGACGGGACGGGGAAAAAAGGAACGGGAGUGGGCAGGAGCGGGAACAACAUGAAAAGAUUAUCUUUUUCAGCCGUGUUUAACAACCAGAUGAACAGGUGCGUCCAUUUUUGUAGUCAUCUCUCAGUGAGAGCCAACACUCUUGACCGCGCUAGCAACACAAAAGAACUACAACAGCGGUUUGACUUCCUGUCAGCUGGGAGCGCGGCUGCGCAUUUGUACCCUUCAAGCAAGCAGCGAGGAAACGUAAUUUUGUGACAUUCUGUAGUUUUUCAAUCAUUUCUGGAGUCGUGGCGAAUCAAAUCACCUUACCUGUCUGCCCCUGAUAGGCGAAUAAAGCGCUCGGAUUCAUGCUCGGGUCUUGCUACGUGCUUCAAGAGUAAAGUAAACAAUGAUGGAGGCAGAGAGCAGCUUUGGAGGAGAAACAUCUAGCAGUGUGAACAACCUCUUCAAAAGAGCCCUAAAGACCUACCUUUUUAAUAAAGCCUUUGGUUAGUUUUCCUCUAUGCUUUAUGCUUUUACUACCUUGCCUCUUACAUUGCAACUCUUUAUAUAUAUAUAUUUUUUAAUUCUUUUUUAUGCUAAUCUGUGACUGUCAUUCUAUUGCUUUUUUUAUUGUUGCUGCUCUUUUUUUACUGUGUACUAUAGCACUUUGAGAUUUUUUUGUAAAUGUAAAGUGCAUUACAAAUUAAAUUUAUUAUUAUUAUUAUGGAGUGCUUCGGCUCACACUAUCAGCGUUUUCUGUAAGUGUUGCAUAACUUUGGGUGAGCACAGACAUGAACGCAUUUGUUUAUUCAUUUUUCUAGUUUUAAGUGCUGGUCUUGUACUGGUACUGUACUAGUGCAGCUGUAUACACUUAAAUUUUUCAUAGAACUGAAAGCAUACCAUAGCUAUAUCGUGAUAUAUAUCGUUAUCGUGAUAUAAAAUGAUCCAUAUCGUGAUAUACAUUUUUUUCCAUAUCGCCCAGCACUACUUGAACUAGAUGCAGCCUAUAACUUUAUCUCCUUUUUAUUUUCAACAACUUAACACUGAAAAACCACGUCCUUCCAUGAGAGGCCAUCUGUCACCUGUGCUUGUCACUGUUUUAGUCAGGGAGCAUUAUGGCAUUAUGGUAGUAGACAUAAACUAGGACUACAGCACUGGCUAGUGGUGGGUGGCUGCAGUACAGCUGAGACACAACAUUUGACAGUAUUUUGGGGCCUACACAAGAUAUACAUCACUUUUAUAACUCUUGUGAUAUUUGUAUUCAGUUUAGUCCAUUGGAAGAAUAAAAUUAAGUGAAUUGAAACUGACUUAAAUGUGAUUUGUAUUUUUGAGGAAAUAUGGGUCCUGGAAUAGUCUGUAGACAAUCAUAAUCAUUCAACUGUUUCACUGGUGUUCAAAAUGCAGACUAAAAAUCGAGAAAACCGACAACAUCGUAGCAUUGCUAUUUAAAUCGAAUCAGCACCCAAAAAAUCGUAAAAGAAUCGAACCGGGAGAAAAGCACAUCUUCCCAGCCCUACUGUCCUUAGCAUUUAUUUUGGUAGUAAACAUGAGGGCCCCUUUCCCCCUCAUUAUGUCUGAUCUUGCUGUAUCUGUAAGCUGCUGUGCACAACUCUGUAUUCACUCGGGCAUUACAGAAAAUACAGAAGCAUGAUAGUCUGAGUAAUGCAAUUUCUGUAAAUGAUAUUAGAGUACCUGCAGCCAGAGCUGUUCUCCUGCUGUCCAUAACUAAUACGUCGGGAAUGCCAGUAUCAGAUGACAGCUUGCUAAACUUCAUAGGUGUACAUUGCUGAUCAAACACAUUGUGCCUGUUCUUGCAAAACCUUGGUAAGCUUGUUCUUGUACUACUAAGAAAAACAGAAACGUUUUUUUUUCUUUCAAGACUGUUAAUCUCUCUUCUCUUCUGCUCUGCAGGUGAUGAAUUUGCCUCCAUCUUCCUAAUCCGCCACUCAGCUCAGGUGAAUGCAGCCACGGUGGGGGCGGUUGAAACCCCUCUCCACCUGGUCUGUUCUUUCAGCCCUAAGAAACACUCUGCUGAAGUGAUGAGCGGUAUGGCGAGGAUCGCAGAGGCCUUGCUUAAGACAGGAGCUAACCCUAACAUGCAGAACAGUAAGGGCAGGUAGGUCACCCGGCUCUUUUUGUUUAGACUUAAUCAGUUUUCCAAGAUCACCAACUAGCUCACAAAGUGUUGUGUUACUUCAGCUGUGUCUUUUGUUGGUCUUAGGACUCCGCUGCAUGAAGCUGUGGCAUCAGGGAAUGAGCCUGUGUUCAACCAGCUACUACAGUGCAAACAGUGAGUGACAUUCUGCCUUUAAAAGAAGUCUGAAUCUCACACCCACACACAACAAGCCUGUUCUUUGACAAAAUAAAACUCAUAGGAUCAACACAUAAAACCAGUUGUCUCAAAUGGAUAAUGUUUGAUUUCUUCUACUUGAAGCCAAACACAUGUAAGAUUGUGUGCCCCAUGUUCAUCAUCUCACUUUGAAGAUAAUCCUGUUUUUAACCCGAGAUAAUCUGUCCUGUCCAUGUAUUAGACUUGACCUGGAGCUCAAAGACCACGAGGGCAGCACGGCUCUCUGGCUGGCCCUGCAGUACAUCACCAUGUCUUCAGACCCUUCAAUAAACCCAUUUGAGGAUGACGCUCCAGUUGUGAACGGCACCUCUUUCGACGAGAAUAGCUUCGCAGCCCAGCUUAUCCAGAGAGGGAGCAAUCCUGACGCUCCUGACACCUCUACAGGUGUUGUUUCAUAACCUGGCAUCACAGCAUGUUCUUGAACAGCAUGAUGCUCGAGUAGUUCAACACUUUUUUUCCGUCUCUUUGUCUGUUAUCCUUGGCAGGAAACUGUCUCAUGCAGAGAGCAGCUCAGGCUGGCAACGAGGCAGCUUCUCUUUUCCUCGCCACUCACGGUGCGAAGGUCAACCAUGUCAACAAAUGGGUGUGUAUGAGCAUUUGGCCACAAAUCUGCAAAACAGUUACACAUUUUUGAUGAUCAGACCUAUCCUUAUUAUUCACACUUUAUUAAGUUUUCUUUUUGAUUCUACUGUUGACUAAUGUAACCCCUUCAUUGUCUAAGAAAAAAAUGACAAUUGACUUUUGCUGAAACCACAAGGUAUAUGAAUGAAACUGUCACUUCAGGGUGAGAGCCCGCUUCAUACAGCGUGUCGCUGUGGUUUGGCGAGCCUGACAGCCGAGUUACUCCAGCAAGGAGCCAACCCCAAUCUACAGACCCAGAAGGCUCUGUCUGAUGAUAACCGUGAUGUGGCUAUGCAGACCCCCCUCCACAUGGCCAUUGCUCACAACCACCCAGAUGUGGUCUCUGUCAUCCUGGAACAAAAAGGUCAGCUUUCAUCAGCUCAAAGGAGAGUUUUGUACAUUAAAGUGCUUGUGAUUUAAAAAGGAAACAUGGUUGUGGUUAUUUCUGCUAUAUUGCCCUGAGACAUCCCAAUAUGGAUCCACUGAUUUUUCCCUUCACAUUUCUGUUUCAGCCAAUGCACUUCAUGCAACCAACAAUUUACAGAUCAUUCCAGAUUUCAGUCUGAAAGACUCCAUUGACCAGACAGUGUUGGGCUUGGCCCUCUGGACAGGUACACACCAGUACAUCUCCACAAAUAAGGACAAGUAGAGUACUUAAAAUGAUCUCUGGAAGGCCUUACCUUGUGACAAGACUUGAUCUGUGUAUGUAAUGUGUAAUUUGUAUCCCUGUCAGGAAUGCACACCAUCGCGGCCCAGCUGCUGGGAUCAGGGGCUUCUAUCAAUGACACAAUGUCAGACGGACAAACUCUGCUCCACAUGGCCAUCCAAAGACAGGAUAGCAAGAGUGCUCUCUUCCUGCUCGAGCACCAGGCAGACAUCAAUGUUAGGUAAUGUCUGGGCUGUUCGGCAGCUGUAAAACAUAUACAUGGGCUUUCUCGAAGUUGUUUUUGACUGUUCUUAUUUUAUUUAUUGUUAGCAGACAGUAGAGAAAUGAGAGAAUAAGGUUAGCUGUGAAAAGGGGACAUUUUAGGCUGUUAAAAUCAUCAGUUAUUAUUUUGUCGUUAAAUCCAGAUUCAGGGGGGCAUGAGUAACGUUAUUUUUUUAAUACCUUCAUCUCAUGUUUUGUACGUCACUGUCAGGACCCAGGAGGAAAAAACAGCACUGCAGUUGGCCAUCAGUAACCAGCUGCCACUGGUGGUGGAUGCCAUUUGCACAAGAGGAGCUGAUAUGUCUGUGGUGAAUGACAAAGGGGACCCUCCGUUGUGGCUGGCUCUGGUGAACGGCCUGGAAGACAUCGCCUCCACACUGGUGAGACAAAUAUGUAAUACACAUGCAAUUCAUUUAGUGAUGAUAGUGACUGAUAAUGCUCCUUGUUAGUGUCGCACCAGGUUAAGAUUGAGAUUUUUUGACAGAUUGAUGUCAGGGAGAGACAAAUGUGAUUGUCUUGCCUAAAAACAUGCUUUGUCUUGUUUCUGAUGUUACUCUUUGGAGCUUCUGCAGUCAUUCCUGCUCCCCCAUGUUUUGAUGUUAUCUGUGUGCAAUUGGAUAUUUUUAGAUUUUCAUUUUAAGGGUUUUGUUCCACAAUCUAAAUAAUAAUAAAAAAAAAAACACAGCAAAACGUCUCUUAGACAUCCAUGAAAACAUCUCUUGCAGUCAUCUGUCUUGUUAAAAGCACUUUGAACUGUAUACUAUAUAGAUUUUUGCCUGCAGUAAAAUAUUUUCUUUUGACUUUUUGAUCCUGUUUGCUCAUUCAAGGUCCGCCAUGGCUGUGAUUCGACUUGUUGGGGCCCUGGACCCUCAGGUUGCCUGCAGACUCUCCUGCACAGAGCUAUCGAUGAGAACAAUGAAGUCACUGCAUGCUUCCUCAUCCGCAGGUGGAUCUAUAUUCUUACUAUCAGUCUAAAUUGAGAAUUUUUCCUUAGUACUGCCACUAUUUUUAAAAAGAGGCACAUUGUUUAAUUUAAUAAUAUACUAUAUAAUAUCUAUAAAUGUAUAUAUGAUAAUUUGAUUUAUUGAAUUUCCCUUCGGGGAUCAAUGAAGGUUCUUCUUGGUUUGACAUUUUGACUCUAAGCAAUCUCUACAUGUUUGUUAAAACUUGGUUGUAUGGAGAAAGAUGUUGUCAGAUAUCUUACCUUCCAGUUUGUGUAUGUGUGUAGUGGGUGCGACGUGAACAGUCCAAGGCAGCCAGGGCCGAAUGGAGAAGGAGAUGAAGAAGCCCGAGACGGACAAACGCCCCUCCACCUGGCAAGCAGCUGGGGCUUGGAGGAGGUGGUGCAGUGCCUUCUAGAGUUUGGAGCUAAUGUUAAUGCACAGGUCAGUUCCUGUGACUUGGUGAUUUUCCUACCAGAGGGACACCUUAUUAUAGAGUAAGUGGCAAACAGCAAUUAUUUCUGUUUUGUUGAUUUUUUUUUUUUUUUUUUUGUCUCCAUCAGGAUGCAGAGGGCAGAGCUCCCAUCCAUGCUGCCAUUAGCAACCAGCACAACGUUAUCAUACAACUCCUCAUAUCUCACCCAGACAUACGUCUCAAUAUACGUGACCGUCAAGGAAUGACCCCCUUCGCCUGUGCCAUGACCCACAAGAACAAUAAGGCAGCAGAGGCGAUCUUAAAGAGGGAGCCAGGUGCUGCAGAACAGGUAGAGCUGAUGGAAGUGCACUGAAGCAGUUUUACCCCCUCAGUUAACAAGUGUUCAUCUCCCCUGACCUCAAACUAUCGUUUCUUUAAAGGUGGACAACAAAGGGCGUAAUUUCCUGCAUGUGGCUGUGCAGAAUUCAGACAUUGAAAGUGUCCUGUUCCUCAUCAGUGUCCAAGCAAAUGUCAACUCAAGGGUUCAGGACGCAGCCAAACUCACCCCUCUCCAUCUGGCUGUCCAGGCCGGGUCUGAGAUCAUCGUCCGCAACCUGGUACACACCUCAGAUUUUCUCGCAUGAUGAAUUCCAAUCAAAGUGUUAUUUAAGGUGCAGCGCAGUCAUCGGCGUUUUCAUUUUGCUUCUUUCUGUCUGUGUCUAGCUGCUUGCUGGAGCCAAAGUAAAUGAGCUGACCAAACACAGACAGACAGCGCUGCAUUUGGCUGCCCAGCAGGACUUGGCCACUAUUUGUUCUGUGCUGCUGGAGAACGGAAUAGACUUUGCUGCUGAGGAUGAGAAUGGCAAUAAUGGUACCUUACACUGUUGUAUCUCUACGCUUUAGAUUCCUGAUCAUCUGGCUUGAUUCUAGAAAACAAACGUGCUUACAAAUACACAACACUCAUGAUAAAGAGUUUGGUAAUUCAUCUAUGAUGGUGAAUACUACUUUUGGAAGUUAAGAAUAGAGCACUCCCUUAGAUUACAUUACUGAUUGUUUGUCGUGUUAAUGUAAGGAGUCACUGCUUACAGCUAUAAAAACACAAAUUUCCUCUGAAUGAUAUUUGAAUCUUCUCUUUCUGUUCUUGAUAUGUUCUCCCCAGCUCUACACCUGGCUGUGAUGCAGGGCCGCCUUAACAAUGUCAGAACCCUUCUCACAGAGUCCAACAUUGAUGCUGAGGCCUUCAAUCUCAGGUACGGUCUGUUUCUUUUAGAGUCAGACUUCUCAAGAUCAUCAGCCAAACUUGGCUCAAAACAAAAGUACAAACAAUGUAAAAAGAGCAGACCAUGACUUCAACUUUCCUGUAUGUUUGUUCUAUAUGUUUGUUCUGUAUCUGAGCAGGGGUCAAUCUCCAAUGCAUGUACUCGGCCAUUAUGGGAAAGAGAACGCUGCUGCCAUUUUUGAGUUGUUCCUGGAGUGUAUGCCUGAGUAUCCUCUGGACAAACCAGAUAAUGAAGGGAACACAGGUACUGGAGCUUGCUUUAUUCCUGUUAUUACAAACACAUGAAUAACACAGGUGGUAAACUUCGAACUAAUGUGACCUGUGUUUUAUUGUAGUCCUGCUCCUGGCCUACAUGAAAGGAAAUGCAAACCUGUGCCGUGCCAUCGUGAGGGCUGGGGCUCGACUUGGCGUCACUAAUAAUCAGGGCAUCAACAUUUUUAACUACCAAGUUGCAACCAAACAGUUGCUCUUCCGCCUUUUAGGUAGGUUUCUCCCUUUUAUCAACUUUCGGUUACAAACCAUGAAUGAAAAUGACAGCCCCAUAUUAAUCAUUUAGUUUGCACUACAGCUACUGGGUGAUUAUUGGACAGUAAAUGAACAGUACCUAUGGUAUAUAUUGCUUUUUGUAGUCCCCUGAGCCCAUUUUGCAGAACCAGAGCACCUGAGUGUUUUUUCAGUUUCUUGCUAAAGGACAUUUUGACAUGUGUUCUGUGGGAGCUGGGAUUAAACCCCCCAAUCCUUUGAUUGAGAGAUGACAGACUGCCUCUUAUCCUCAACCACUCCUAUAACUGAUCAUGUCUAUCCCUUUGUUUAGAUAUGUUGUCCAAAGAGCCCCCAUGGUGCGAUGGGUCUAACUGCUAUGAAUGUGCUGCCAAGUUUGGUGUGACAACACGGAAACAUCACUGGUUAGUAGUCUAAAAUUUUCAUAUACGAUGCAUCUCUUUCAGUAUUUCAUCAAUAUUUUUAUUUGUGUUGACUUUUCUGUCGAACUCUGUCUCCUUUUCACUUUUUAGCCGCCACUGUGGGCGCCUACUGUGCCACAAGUGCUCUAUAAAGGAGAUCCCUAUCAUCAAGUUUGACCUGAACAAGCCUGUGAGAGUGUGCGACAUCUGCUUCGAUGUACUGACUCUGGGUGGGGUGUCGUAAUACAGCAGACUGGAGCUCCUCCACUCUCUGAUGCUGGCCAUGCCAGGCUCAACGGCACAGUUAUCCAGGCACACCAGGAGAAAAGGACAUCAGUAGCAGGACAAACUAAAAAGAGAUUCCUGGACAGUUAUGGACCAUCUUCUUUAUAAAGUUCAAGUCUAUGAAAAACUAUUAAUGUUCUAGAGGGACGUUGUCUCUUUGUUUCUGUUUUGAUCAAAGUAUCUUAAAGUGGAUAUGACAGAUCUCCAGCUCUGUGAUGGCUGGGCUGUUUGGUAAUCAAUUUCCCAUGAUCAAUAAUGUUUAUGAUUAUCACAGGCAGGUAGCUUCUGCUUUAUGUAGACAUUUCAGUUCAAUGAUAAACAUGUGAAUGAUCAAACCAACUUUUGAAAGCAGGGGUUACUGCUACCAGUAAGUAUAUUCACCAUCUGCAGCCUUCAUGCUAUACGACCUGCCCAAAGACAAAAAUUUAAUGAGUUCCUGUGUUAAUAUGAGAGCUGAGGCUGCUGUCGAUAAGAGCCAAGCAAAACUGUAAUAUGACCAUAGAUCAGUGGAUCUACAGACUGAACUAUCAGCAUGCUCUCUGUAAUCAUUCAUCUGUCAUCCUGAUUCUAUAUUAACUGGAUCAAGUGGGACAGAUAAGGAGGAUUUAAAGGGAAAGAAACCCAACUCUGUUUUAAGUAAGCAUCAUGUCCAGUUAAGAUCCUUAAAGGUAGAUUCAAGUUUUGUCAUUGUCGUAUCACUAAAUUGCUAAAAGUGAAAGAUGUCACGGGUGAGCAAAGAGGAAAUUCCAUGUUAAGUUUGUUUUUGUUCUCUGAUUGAUCCAUCGUUUGCUUUCCUUUUAUAACAUGGCAACAUGGACAAAUGUGACGUGAGAAAACGUUUCUUUUUUUUUUUUUACCAGAGGAACAAAAACAAUCCUCAACUGUUGUCAUCCUCAGUUACAGAGAUGCCUCUUAUGCCUAUGCAUGUGAUUUAAUUUGUAGCCUUUUCGUGUCAUCGUCAAUCAUGGAUCAUAUUUUAAGAAUCAGUCAUCAAAUGAUUACAUUCCAUUUUUGAUCUGCCAUUUGGUCCGUUGUUGGAAGUCCUGAUCCAAGUCCCCAAAUGUUGCCUCAAGUCAAGUUGUCGUCUUGACCCAUCACAUGUAACGCUUCUUGAUUUCUAAGCCUAACAGGUGCACUUUAUCAAAGAUCACAUGGCAUUUCCGAUCACUGGGGAGAAUGUGGAGCGGAGGGACGGCCGGGUGGUGGCGCCUCUUUAAGUAUUGUUAAAUUGUACAGAUAAAUGUGUGAUAUUUUUGACCACUACAACUGUUUUGUACUUAAAUGCAGUUUGUGCUUGUCAUUGUGACAAACCUAAAUCUUGCCUCUGUUAAUCUUUUAUGCACAUUGUUUAAUCUUUUAUGCACAUUAUAUUGUAUCUGUAUGCUCAGAUAUCUAGCCUGUCUCUUCCUGGUGUAUCCUUUUAGAAAAAGGGAGGACAAAUUUACAUAAAGGUCAUCAAAAACAAA